AUGUACGCUGUCUUUUUCAUCCUGCUGAUGCUCCAAGUUGAAUGUAAGUAUGAGACAGAAUCAGAACCUGACAUUACUGCAGUCACUCAAGACUCUUUAUCUGAUGCAGUUCAUGAAGGGGAUUCUGUGAGUCUGCAUUGUUCAGUUCUCUCUCACUUAGAAAAGAAAACAUGUCCAGAGGAACGCAAGGUGUUCUGGUUCCAAGUCUCUUCACCACAAUCACAUCCCAGUUUAAUUUACGCUCAAAAUGAGGGUGAUGGUAAAUGUGAAGAAAAUCCUGAGUCUCAGUCUGGACAGCGUUGCGUCUUUAACUUUGUGAAAGACAACAUCAGCUCCUCUGACACUGGAACCUAUUACUGUGCUCUGGCUGCAUGUGGGAUGGUAGUUUUUGGAAAUGGCACAAAACUGGAGUUUAAAGAUGUCAGCAUGAAUAAUUCACAGAGGAACAACACUCUCCUUCUUCUGCUAUGUGGAAUCUUGGUUUUGAUGCUGAUUGCUACGGCUCUACUUGUCUAUUUGAUUAGGAAAAAAUGUUGGCACUUUUCCAAAGGUACUGAGUUUCCAGGCAAAAAUGCUGUAGUAGUUUGUGGGCAAUUGCAAAAUCAGCAAAGAAAUGAAGAAUCUCUAGUUUAUUCUACAGCAGUUUUUACCCAGAGAAACGAUGAUCGAGUGGGCAGAGUUAAGGCAAGACGAAAAGAAGGUACCAUCUACAGUGAUGUCAGGAUCUUUGAUGAAGAAUAAAAUCAUAAAGCAUUUGAUUCAAGGAUCCUUUUAGACUAUUUUUUAAUGGGUUUUUUUUGCUUGGCAUGCCAAAAAAACUUUGCAGUCUCUUGCAUUUAACAGUAUUUAUUAAGCUAAGUAUAUUAGCUAAGUAUAUUAGUUUAAUAAAUACUUUCACCAGGUUAAAUAACUUUUCAUGUGUAUUCAAUUUUAUUGUAUUUCAUUUAAAAGCUGUGUAUCAUUUUUGGGUUGCGUUAAAAGUUAAAGUGACUGAUGUUCAUCUGCCCAAAAUAUGUUUAAAACAAUAGUGCAGCUUCAUGUUUUUCUGUACUUUUUUGUUUCUUUAGUAAUGCAACGUAAUACACUGUAUGAUGAAUUGUGUAUGUAUGGAAUGUUUUCAAGAGAGUAAAAGUUGCAAGUGUGAGAAAUUCUGCUGUAAGUUAUGCAGCAGAAUUAUAACUCACAGCAAAAAUUUAAAAAAAUAUCACUAUAACAACCCACUUUUCAUAAAAUGUAUAAAUACACAAACCCUGUAAAUUCU